CGCGCCGCUCCGAUUAUUGGGGUUGCGCAGCGUUUCAUCUAUUCUUCUGUCUCUCCAUCAUGUCUCUGGUGCAGACUUUCCACUAUGAGGUCACAGCCCCCCCACCGUCCUUGUCACAUCCCGCAAUUCCUUCCCCGCUCCAUUCGAUUCCCCCAACUCCAGCCGACGACACCCCAGAUCCUCUCAAUACUCCCCUCAGACAGAAUCUGGCCCCGACAGCAGGCCAGGCAGUUUUUGAGCGGGCACCGUCCGUCCAAAUCACUCAAUCUCGUCGGUUGGCAAUUACCGUGUUGCUUCUCCUGGCCAACCUCGUACAGAUGACAGUGAGCUUCUCUGGGAUGGCAGGUGGAACCCGUCUUGGGGAGUCUCUUGGGGCCAAGGCAACAUCUGCAACCUGGGUCGGUGCCAGUUAUGGUCUGACGCAAGGAACAUUCGUGCUCAUGAGCGGACGAUUAGGAGAUGUCUUCGGUCAUCGAGAGCUCCUACUGCUAGGCGGGGCCUGGCUUAGCCUCUGCACCCUGAUCAGCGCAUUUUGCAAUAAUUUUGUCGCCUUUGUUGCCAUGCGGGCGCUCGCCGGCUUGGGAGGGGCAUUGAUCAUGCCGAACGCAGUGGCCAUGAUCACCAGCACCAAUCCCCCGGGACGUGUGCGAAACCUCAGUUUGGGUUUCUUUGCAGCGUCGGCGCCGACCGGAGGGUACUUCGGCGCCUUGUUUCUCGGUGCCUUUAUGGAGAAGACGGAAUGGAAAUGGUUCUUCGUCUUUAUAGCUGCCAUUGGCGUCGCCAUCUUCCUCCCCUUAUGGAUACUAAGCUCACGAGAACCUCUACUCGACAAGCACGGCAAAAUCGACUGGAUUGGAUCAGCCCUAGGCACGAGCUCUCUGAUCUUAUUCAACUUUGUCUGGAACCAAGCUCCCAGCGUAGGAUGGUCGACCCCCUACGAAAUCGCCCUCCUCAUCACCUCAAUCAUCCUCUUCGGCGCCUUUCUCCUUUGGGAGAAAACCGGCACCGACCAUCCCAUCAUGCCCCUGGAAAUCUUCCAAGCCCCAUCCAUCCUCACCCUCCUCUUGGUCGUCCUCCUCAACUACAUGGCCGUAGGCACACUAAUUUGGUACCAGAUUCUAUGGCUCCAAGACAUCUGGCACUGGUCAACCCUCCACUUCGCCAUCAGCUGGACACCGUUCGUCAUCUGCGCAACGGGAGCCGCUUGUCUCGCCGCCUGGUUAAUCCCCCGACUAGCCGCCCAAUGGAUCCUCGCCAUCGGCACCACCACCAUUCUAGUCUCCAACGCACUAAUGGCCACCGUCCCUCUCCAUCAAACCUACUGGGCCCAGGUAUUCCCAUCCAUCAUCCUCUUCUCCUUCUGUCCGGACUUUGUCUACACGGCCGCUCAGAUCAUCGCCAGUAACUCAGUCCGUCGGAAUCAGCAAGGCAUUGCGGGCUCGCUGAUUGGCUCACUUAACCUCUACGGUGUGAGUUUAGGAUUGGGGUUCUCUUCGACCAUCGAAGACCAGAUCGCUCAGCGGUCAGGGAGCCGGAUCGAGGGGUACCGGGCUGCAUUGUACUUCGGGGUGGGGAUCAGUGUAGUGGCAUUAUUGUUAGAUGUAUGCUUUGUGCGCAUGGUCAAGGAUGAACGCGAAGGGUGGCGGGAAGAGGAUCGCGCCCUGGCUGAUGCUGAUGCUGAUGCUGAUGCGCUUGAGAUGACGGGACAUGCGGCUGCCACUGGUGCGGAGUGGCCUGUUCCAGCUGAACGGGCUUAGUUGCAUGCUACUAUGACACGACGGCCAGGUGGGAGGAUAGAUUAUGGCGAUAGACAAAAAAGCCGUGAGGAUUUAGAUGAGUGGGCGCACAAUGACUGGUUCAGGAUACGACGAGUUACACACAUACAACAGAUGCUAAAAUACUAAUUGACAC